AUGGACCAUAUGGCCCUGGCUCUCGACGUGGCACACGAGAUCUAUGCUCGCAACGGAACGUCAACCACAUCGGCGGCCGGCACUACAGAACGCCCGGCCGUCUACAAGGUCAUUGGCAUCUGCCUGGCCGUCGGCUCUGGCGCCUUUAUCGGCACUUCGUAUGUCCUGAAGAAGUUCGGCCUCCUCAAGGCCAACGAGAAGUACAAUGAGGUCGCCGGCGAGGGCUACGGCUAUCUUAAGAACGGCUAUUGGUGGACCGGCAUGACCCUCAUGAUCAUCGGCGAGAUUUGCAACUUCGCCGCUUACGCCUUUACCGAUGCUAUCCUCGUUACCCCACUCGGCGCCCUCUCCGUUGUCAUCACCACCAUCCUCUCGGCCUUCUUCCUCAAGGAACGUCUCAGCAUGGUUGGCAAGGUCGCUUGCUUCUUGUGCAUCGUCGGCUCUGUCGUCAUCGUCAUGAACGCCCCAGAGGAGUCGUCCGUGUCGACCAUUCAAGAAAUGCAGCACUACGUCAUCGCCCCUGGCUUUCUCAGUUACGCCGGCGUCAUCAUCGUCGGCUCCGUAGCCACCGCCAUCUGGGCCGGUCCACGCUGGGGAAAGAAGAACAUGCUGGUGUACAUCUCCAUCUGCAGCUGGAUUGGCGGCCUGAGCGUUGUGGCAACACAGGGUCUUGGCGCUGCUAUUGUCGCGCAGGCCAACGGCACACCCCAGUUCAACCAGUGGUUCAUAUAUGUCCUUCUGGUCUUUGUGAUCACCACGCUCGUCACAGAGAUCGUAUUUCUCAAUAAAGCUCUAAACUUGUUUAACGCUGCCUUGGUCACCCCGACGUACUAUGUCUACUUCACCACCACAACCAUCGUUACCUCCGCCGUCCUCUUCCGGGGAUUCAAGGGCUCGGUGACAUCCAUUGUGACAGUUGUGAUGGGAUUCCUCAUCAUCUGCUCCGGUGUCGUUCUCCUUCAAUUGUCCAAAUCGGCAAAAGACAUCCCGGACUCGGCCGUCUUUGCCGGUGACCUGGACCAGAUCCAGACCAUAGCUGAACAGGAGCAGUCAGAGACGGAGCCGAAGGCAGAUGCUAUCCGCGGCACUGCCGCCUUGGUCCGGCAAAUAUCCUCAGCCCGCCAGAAGAUGGAAAUGGCGGAACUGAAGCGGAUGCACGAGGAAAGCAUGCAAGGUCAUCUGGAAGUUGUGAGCGAAAACGGUGCUCCGGAAGAAUACGAAUGGGAUGGUAUCCGGAGACGACGCACCACGCGCAACAGCUUGAGGUCGCGCACUCCUGGGACGUCCGGCACUUUCACGCCGCCACCAAGAACCCCACACCCUCCCCUCGGCUGGUCUCACAUCCCCAGUGACGAUGAACUGCUUGCUUUGGACCGGCCAAACACCCCAAGCGUCCUCUCCAGCAUUGCGGGUACCAUCCGGGGCCGGCAUCGCAGCACGCUGAUACCCCAACACCUCCGCCCCGACGACGCGGUACCGAACAAGGUUCAGAGCCCCAUGCACCCUCUUCAGUUGACAUCCAUUGCCGUUCCAGCACACCACCGGGACGACGACGAAGACGUCGGCACGUACUACGGCGGCAGCCGGUCGUACGGUCAUUCCGCAGUCAAGACCGAGUACUUGGGUGCUGGAAGCUAUGCAAUGGACUAUGCGGCGAGCGAUGCGGGCAGUCUAGCCCCGGAGCCACCACCGCACUCGGCCAAGAGGCAGUUCUCCUUCCAGAACGUCUUCCGCAGAACCCAGCACCAUAGCGAUUCAUCCCAUGUUGACGCCAGCGUAGCCGACCACAGCGCCGACGUCUCUCACCUGCACCGGCCGGUCAGCUCACGGGGUUACUCGGCUCCGCAGGUCAAAGGGGCGUCGGAGGAAGAGCGCCUCGGUCUCGUUAAAAACGACUCCCGUGUCGCAGCCGUCGCACCCCAGCUGCCCCCGUUUGAGGAAGAGGAAGUCUACGACGAGGAUGAGGAACUCUAUGCAGACAAUCAGCAUGCCAGGUAUGGCCGAGGCAUCACCGGCUCUUCUCCACCACGACAUGGUGGCAGUGGCAGUGGCAGUGGCAGUGGCAGUGGCCCGUACGCGAAACACGAGAGUGGCCAUCGCAGCCAUCGGAGCCAUCACAGCAUCGGCAGCGUCGAGAGUAUCGAUAGCACAGACUACAACGUGUAUGAUGUCCGGCAGGGCCGCGGCGGUCACGAACGACAGCAAAGCCGGUCGGCAUAUCGGACAUCACGACCACCGCCUCCAAGUAGCAAACGAUACAGUCCACCACGGGGGGGUGACAAUGCUUUCGUCUGA